UUCUUCCUGCUUUCUCAAUACACGGCCUCAGUACUCACGCUACAAAUAUUGUUGAUUGCCCAGUUAGGCUUCAGCCUUCACAUUCACGAGUUCGCUAGUUCAGUCUAUUUAGACGCCGGAGUCCGUCGACCACCGAGCUGCACGCCUGCACGCCUACCAGGCGACCACUGUGCCGCACGUCCGCACCGCCACUGGAUACACAUCACUGAAUAUUUAACUUUGCAAAUUGCAAGAGAUAAAGAAGACUAAGCCAGAGAAAGGAGAGGUUUUGGUUGUUGAUUUGCUGCUGAAAAACAUGGAGGAAAGUGGGACGCCGGCGCAACAUGGGUACUGGAUGCCUGCUGAAUGGGAGCCCCAUUCCAACUGUUGGAUGGGUUGGCCUGAACGGCCUGAUAAUUGGCGAGAUGCAGCACUGCAUGCUCAAUGUGUGUUCGCCAAAGUAGCAACUGCAAUUUCAAACUUCGAGCCAGUCACCGUUUGUGCUAGCCCCACUCAGUGGUCAAAUGCAAGGAAUCAGUUACCCCCCAAUGUCAGAGUUGUAGAAAUGAGUAUGAAUGAUUCUUGGUUUCGAGAUACAGGACCUACUUUUGUAGUAAGGAAGAGCGAACCAAGAACAGGGGCUCACGUGAAAAGUUUAGCCGGAAUCGAUUGGACUUUUAACAGCUGGGGCGGUGUUGAUGAUGGCUGUUAUAAGGAUUGGAGUCUUGAUAUCCUUGUCGCAAGGAAGAUUUUAGAGAUUGAGAAGGUGCCAAGAUUUCCUCAUUCCAUGAUUUUAGAGGGCGGAAGCAUCCAUGUUGACGGGGAAGGAACUUGCCUCACCACGGAGGAAUGCCUCUUAAACAAAAACAGAAACCCUCAUAUGAGUAGAGAACAAAUAGAAGAUGAACUUAAGCAGUACCUUGGAGUGCGAAAGAUUAUCUGGCUCCCACGAGGAUUAUAUGGUGAUGAUGAUACUAAUGGUCAUAUAGAUAAUAUGUGCUGCUUUGUGAAGCCUGGGGUGGUGAUGUUAUCCUGGACAGAUGAUGAAUCAGAUCCGCAGUAUGAACGAUCUCUUGAAGCCUUAUCAGUUCUCUCCAGUACUACUGAUGCUAAUGGUAGAAAACUAGAAGUAAUAAAACUUCAUAUCCCUGGUCCACUGUUUAUGACAGAAGAGGAAGCAGCUGGUGUCAUCCAGGACGGAGAGGCAAAACCAAGAGAGCCUGGUACUAGACUUGCUGCUUCUUAUGUGAAUUUUUACAUGGCCAAUGGAGGGAUUAUAACUCCUCAAUUUGGAGAUGAGAAGUGGGACAACGAAGCGGUUCGUGUUUUAUCAAGAGUCUUUCCAGAUUACGAGGUAAUAAAAAUUGAAGGCGCAAGAGAAAUUGUUCUGGCUGGUGGAAAUAUACACUGUAUAACCCAGCAGCAGCCAGCUUUAAUGAAAGGCUGAACAGGAGUCACACAAGAUGCUUUCAUGACCUUGUAGUUUGUUUACUUCUUCAUCUUAGCUUUUAGUUGUUUUCUAUUUGUUGAAUAACAGCCUGGGUCUGGUACUCAGAUUUAUGCAAGGCUAGCUCUUCACUCUGAAGAUAUUGUUCUCGUUUUUUCUAACACACACCUUGACACCGAUGGUGAAUACUACACGAGCUUGCAAAUAAUAAGCUUGUUCCGUGCUGAUGAAA